AUGGCCCAGAACGGCUCAGAGGCGGUGACCCCGCUUAUCAUCAACAAUGAGUCGGUCGUGACUGACGUCAAAUUCGAGGUCCACGCCCCCGCCACCGGCGAGCUGUCUGGCUAUUGCGCCGGCGCAUCUGUUGACGAUGCUAUGCGCGCCGUUGACAGCGCAAAGGCUGCCUUCCCGGCCUGGAGCAAGACAAAGGCCUAUGAUCGCCGCGACAUUCUGCUCAAGGCCGCCGAGAUCAUGGCCUCGCGGAAGGAGGAGCUGAUCGCAUACCAGCAGGAGGAGACCGGUGCGGGGCGGCCCUUCGUCGAGCACACCUUCAACAUGGGUGUCAACUUCAUCAAGGAUUUUGCCGCGCGUAUCCCUACCAUUGAGGGAAUUGUGCCCAGUGUAACGCUGGAUGGAGAGGGUGCUAUGGUCUUCAAGGAACCGUACGGGGUGAUUCUGGGAAUUGCGCCCUGGAACGCGCCCUAUAUCCUGGGCGCGCGCGCGGUUGCUCUUCCCCUCGCGGCUGGUAACACUGUCGUCCUCAAGGGCUCCGAGCUUUCUCCCAAGUGCUUCUGGGCCCUCGGCGAUAUCUUCCGCGCGGCUGGUCUUCCUGCCGGAUGCUUGAAUGUCAUUUACCACCAGCCGGCCGAUGCCGCCGCGAUCACUACCGCCCUGAUUGCCCAUCCUGCGGUGCGCAAGGUCAACUUCACGGGUAGCACUAAUGUUGGCGCCAUCAUUGCCUCAACCGCUGGCAAGUACAUCAAGCCUGUGCUUCUGGAGCUGGGUGGUAAGGCAUCCGCCAUUGUCCUGGACGAUGCCGACCUUGAUAAAGCGGCUAUGAGCUGCGCACUCGGCUCGUUCCUGCACUCUGGACAAAUUUGCAUGUCCACUGAGCGCAUCGUCGUGCAGCGUGGUGUUGCCGACCAAUUCCGCCAGAAGGUCGCUGAGAACGCCGAGAAGCUAUUCGGCAAGGAAGCCCCGGCUCUGGGUCUCGUCAACGCGGCCGCUGUCACCAAGAAUAAGAAGCUGGUCUCGGAUGCCGUCUCCCGCGGGGCUCAUGUGCUGUUUGGUGAUCCCAAUUCCAACGAGUCUGUCAACACCUGCAUGCGCCCCGUGAUCCUUGACGGAGUCACUAAGGAGAUGGACGUGUAUGCGACCGAAUCCUUUGGCCCGACCGUGUCGUUGAUGGUCGUUGACACGGAGGACGAGGCCAUCGCGCUGGCCAAUGAUACUGAGUACGGCCUGACGGCUGCCGUGUUUACCCAAAACUUGUUCCGCGGCCUGCGCGUCGCUAAGCAGAUCGACUCUGGUGCUGUUCACAUCAAUGCUUUGACUGUUCAUGAUGAGCCCACAUUGCCACACGGUGGCUGGAAGAGCAGCGGGUUCGGCCGCUUCGGCGGUGUCGCCGGCUAUGACGAGUUCCUGCAAACCAAGACUGUCACCUGGAUGGAGUAA